UUGGGUCCAGUCUCAGCGUGGCCGGUCACUGCGCCUGCGCACAACCCGGUGUCCGGUGUCAGACUGCUAGCAGCUGUUGAGACCAAGACAGCAAAGAAAAAACACCCAGAAUAACUGAGUAGACCCGCUGCAGAUCGAGUACAGACCCGGUACAGAUCGAGUACAGACCCGGUACAGAGGCACUACAGACCAGGCCGGAUACUGCAGGGAGAGCCGCUGAUCUGCAGCUGGAGCUAACGGAGCCACAAGGCUAACUGACAGCAUACCGUCAGCUGUUAUCUAACGGGCUAACGGACAGGCCACUGACUCAUGUUCACCACGCUGCACCGCAUUCGCCUGUUCUGACCCGGGUUGGUUUGUGGACCUCCUGAACCACCUCUAGCUGGACUAUCUCCGGGUUUCACCGCCGUUUUCUGGUGAAUUUCAGCCGCGUAACGGAGGCUAACGAGCUAACUAUCAGAGUACCAUCAGCCCAGCCGGGAUAGACCGCUCUGACCCGGUUCGGUUUGAGGACCGGUAGCCAGGAUGUUGAUAGCAGCGGUCAGUGCUGGAACUGGAAACUCUGCCGCCACUGGCAAGAAACACCGACGCAGAGGCAAAAAGCACCGGAGAGUCCGAACAGCCGAGAAUCGGCCUAAUGACCUCUGUGACCUUCAGAAUCUGAAUCCUGACAGCAGCCUUCCCCCCACACUGCCACAAACUUGCCCCCAAAAUACUCCAACAACCACCACAUUAUCAGGAAAUACACCAACACAUCUGGAAGAUCUCCAUGAAACCACAACAGCACCCGGACAAAACCCCCCACACACCACCACCCACUGUGUCCCCCGAACCUCCUCACCACAUCUCCAGAACAUCCUCCAGACCACACCCCCCUUUUUAGAUACAAUAGAUAACCCUGUAGCGCCCCUGGUACAUCCUGAAAGUACCCUCCAAACUGCCCUACUGACCCCUUUAAACAACCCCUUGACAGAACCAGUGACUCCUCAGAUCUUUACCCAGGCACCUCCUGCCACAACUCAAAGUCACGCACAAAGUCCUAGCCAAUCACUGCCAACUGUAAACCAAACUAUUACCCAGAAUUCAUACAGAUCGCCUCACAGAACUAUUCAGAAUGUCACUCGAAGUGUUUUUGAGACAGAACCCUGCAAAUCACCUCCAACCUUACCCCACAGUAUUACCCAUAAUGUCCCUCAAUCACCAUCUGUAUCUGCCCCGCAUCCUGUCAAAGCCCCUCCUACCCCUCCAUUAAGCCCCUCCCAUCCUGACCCCUUCCUGCUGACCUCAGUGACCUUUACCUCCAGUGUCUCUUCCCAUCUCUACUCGCCCCUCUGCUCCUCCUCCGCCUCCUUCUUCCACUCCCUCGACUCUCUGGGCCCUCCCAUUGGUCUGCCUCUUAUGAUGUCAUCAGCCACACAUCAACUGACCACACCCCCUCCGGCUCUGAGUCCACCCCCUCCAGAGUUAACUCCGCCACCCGCUCAGCUUCUGGGCUCAGAUGAUGAAGAGCAGGAAGACCCGUCAGACUACUGCAAAGGUGGUUACUACCCAGUAAAGAUCGGUGACCUGUUUAAUGGGAGGUACCAUGUGGUCAGAAAAUUGGGCUGGGGACAUUUUUCUACCGUCUGGCUCUGCUGGGAUCUGCAGAAGAAGCGUUUUGUGGCAUUGAAGGUGGUAAAAAGUGCUCCACAUUACACUGAGACGGCCUUGGACGAGAUCAAACUGCUCAGAUGUGUGAGGGACAGUGAUCCCUCUGACCCCUACAGAGAAACCAUCGUCCAACUGAUUGAUGACUUCAAGAUAUCUGGAGUCAACGGAGUCCAUGUCUGUAUGGUUCUGGAGGUUUUGGGUCAUCAGCUGUUAAAAUGGAUCAUCAAGUCAAAUUACAUGGGACUUCCUCUGGUCUGUGUCAAGACCAUCAUCAGACAGGUGCUUCAGGGUCUGGAUUACCUUCACUCUAAAUGUAAGAUCAUCCACACUGACAUCAAACCAGAGAAUAUCUUAUUGGACGUUGAUGAAGUUUACAUCAGGAGGUUGGCAGCUGAAGCCACCAUCUGGCAGAGGGCCGGAGCCCCACCCCCCUCAGGAUCAUCAGUUAGCACGGCUCCCAGGGAUCUACAGGUUGGUAAGCUGUCUAAGAACAAGAGGAAGAAGUUGAAGAGAAAAGCGAAGCGUCAGCAGAGACUGUUGGAGGAAAGACUGACUGAUAUACAGAGGAUGGAGGAGGAGGACAGUGUGUACCAACCUGACGACCCAGACAUCCACUGCUCUCUGGUUGUCAAUGGAAAUGUUACCUGCUCCACAGUCAAUAGUAAAACGAGUCCAGAAUCCACCUGCUCCUGGUUGGAGGACAGGUGUAAUGGCCACGCCCCCGGUCGUUUCUCCAGCCCGGCCUCUGGCCUAUCAGGUUUCUCCAGCUCUGUGAUGUCAGCGACGUCUGAGUCAGCACUUUCUACUCAGUCAGGAUACUCGAGCGGUCGAGACGUGUUCAGUGCAUCAGAUUUCGUCCUUAGUCCUCUGGAUCCUCAGAACGCCACCAAACUGAAAGUGAAGAUCGCUGAUCUGGGAAAUGCAUGCUGGGUGCACAAACACUUCACAGAGGACAUUCAGACAAGACAGUACAGAGCUCUGGAGGUUCUGAUUGGAGCAGAAUACGGACCACCUGCUGACAUCUGGAGCACCGCCUGCAUGGCGUUUGAGUUGGCGACAGGAGAUUAUCUGUUUGAACCUCAUUCAGGAGAAGAUUACACCAGAGACGAAGAUCACAUCGCUCACAUCAUUGAGCUGCUCGGCCCAAUACCUCUGCCUUUCGCUCUGUCUGGCAGGUACUCCAGAGAGUACUUCAACAGGAGAGGUGAGCUGCGUCACAUCUCCAGUCUGAAGCCGUGGGGUCUGUUUGAAGUUCUGUUGGAGAAGUAUGAGUGGCCGUUAGAUCAGGCGGCUCAGUUCAGCGACUUCCUGUUGACCAUGCUGGAGCUACAGCCCGAACGCAGAGCGACUGCAGCGCAGUGUCUGCAGCAUGCGUGGCUGCAGACAUAAACACACACACACAUGGGCAAACACAGUCAGCGGUGGUGGAGUGUUAGAGGUGUCUCUCUGUCACACUGUUGUGGAGAGUCCAUGUUAUGUGGGAAAUUAUCACCUUGACUGUCUGACUGCUCUGUGGUCUGAUUACUAAAUUGAUGAUUGAUUGGCUGUUCAGGUAAGAUUUCAGGUCAGAAUUCAUUCAGGCUGAAUCCAAAUGUCCCUGUUAAUCUUUUAGCACUGUCAUGUGUUCACUGUCAUCACGUGAAGUCGGUGAGGAGAGGAAAUUAACUCUGAGACAAGCCUUAAAGUCUGGAGUUAUUCUGUAUUUUUUAUUUCAUCUAAUCCCAUGUUGAGCUCCAAACCAACUAUGUGUUAAAUCUGGUGUUUCUCAUGGGUCAGUGUUCGGUCUACUGUUGCUCCUAAUUUAGAGCAGUGAUUUACCGCAGGUUUGUAAACUGACAUCUGACAUUUUAUCUGCAGACGACACUAUAGUAUCUUUUACAGUCACAGAGAACUAAAUAUUCUAACUGUGAUUUUUAAUCAGCAAACUAAAUCAUCUCUAAAUGCUUUGAAGUGUAACUCUGCUGUUAGCCUAUAUUUGUUUUAUCAUCAAAUCUCAUGUUUAGUCUCAAACCAGUAUUGUGUUGGUUUUGUCUCUCACUCUUUCAUUGUUUUCUACUGAAGACGUAAAUCUUCUCACAAAUAUAAAGUUUAAUUUUGAAAAAGUCUCAGUAAUUUUCUAA